CAUCCAUGUGGGUUUCUCCCCUUCACAGUGUCGGUGUUGCUCUCCGGUGUGUCAGCCUCAGCCAUUGGCUUCAGAGACCUCCCUCCGUAACAACACAGACGCACAGCGCGCACAGUGCUUUCGAGGAGCGACGGUGAGAUGUUGGAGAAACUGCGGUCUACCGACUCCUUUCUUUCCAUCGGCGAGGAGCGCAGGGAAGCCUCUGCGAUGCGCUCAAGCGGGCACGCGUCGGAGUUGAAAUAAGGGAAACACGGGGGGUCUUAAACAAAAAGAGAGAGGGGGCGAUAUUCUUGCGAGGAUGACUGACUGGUGACAAAGAAAACGGGGAGCCCUUCUGGCUUGGGUUGUCUUCCGCUAGAACUUGACGGAAGGCGUUUUGGGGGACCGGCUUGGAAGAUUUGUUUAUCAUCAUAUUUAUUGGAGGGGGAACCAUGCCUGUCAGGAGGGGUCAUGUUGCGCCGCAAAAUACGUUUUUGGGAGUAAUAAUUCGCAAAUUCGAAGGACAAAAUAAGAAAUUCAUCAUAGCCAAUGCCCGGGUGCAGAACUGUGCUAUCAUCUACUGUAAUGACGGCUUCUGCGAGAUGACAGGCUUCUCCAGGGCGGACGUCAUGCAGAAGCCGUGCACCUGUGACUUCCUGCAUGGAGAGUUCACCACCCGGCACUCGCAGGCUCAGGUAGCCCAGGCUCUCAUGGGAUCAGAGGAGCGCAAGGUAGAGAUCACCUACCACCGCAAGGAUGGUUCUAACUUCCUGUGCGCCACACAUAUCAUCCCCGUGAAGAACGAGGAAGGCGUGGUCAUGAUGUUCAUCCUGAACUUCGACUACGUCCUGGAGGAAGGCAGCAGCGACUCUCUGGAGAAACUCAACCACACCACGCCAUCCAAAGCUGACCACCGGAAAGGGAGAUUCUUUCGCUUCCGUUUCCCGGGCUUACCUCUCCUUGGCAUCAACAAGCAGUCCCUGCCCCAGGAAGACCCCGACGCUGUCAUGGUGGACUCCCCUCGCCACAGCGACGGCUCGGUGGCCACGCGCGACUACCAGCUUCCCACCACCCGCGAGAGCUGCAGCCCCUCCUACGCCAACGACACCCGCGCCCUCAUCGGCCCCAGCCAUUGCUCCACCCCUGUGUCCGGGCCCUUGGACCACUCGUCGCCCAAGGGCCCCUGGGACCGGACGUACCCCGACUGCUCCAUAAGGCAGACCCAACACCAGAUCAAGGAGGUUGUCGCUGCUCCUUCAAUCCCAGGACUCACUCAAACCGCCUCCAGGGAGAGAGUGUGCAGUAUUCGCAGAGCCUCCUCCGUACACGACAUGGAAGGAUUCGGGUCUAACUCCAAGAUGGCGUUCAGGGACAGACACGCCAGUGAAGACAAUGGUCGCAAUAUUAAAGGGCCGCUGAGCCAGAUCAAAUCCAGCCUGCUGGGCUCCACCUCCGACUCCAACCUCAACAGGUACAGCACCAUCAACAAGAUCCCCCUCAUCACGCUCAACUUCUCCGAGGCCAACAACGAGAAGAAGUGCCCCUCCCCUCCGUCCUCGGAGAAUACCAUCAUCGCCCCGAAGGUCAAAGACCGCACACACAAUGUCACCGACAAGGUCACGCAGGUUCUGUCUCUGGGCGCAGACGUGCUGCCGGAGUAUAAGCUCCAAACCCCCCGGAUGGACCACUGGACCAUCCUGCACUACAGCCCCUUCAAAGCAGUGUGGGACUGGCUCAUCCUGCUGCUGGUCAUCUACACGGCCAUCUUCACGCCAUACUCCGCAGCCUUCCUCCUCAACGACAUCGAGGAGCAGAGGAGGCGGGAGUGCGGCUACUCUUGCUCCCCCCUCAACGUGGUGGAUCUGAUCGUGGACAUCAUGUUCAUCGUGGACAUCCUCAUAAACUUCAGGACCACGUACGUCAACGCCAACGAGGAAGUAGUCAGCCACCCGGCCAAGAUCGCCAUCCACUACUUCAAAGGAUGGUUCCUCAUAGACAUGGUGGCCGCCAUCCCCUUCGACCUGCUGAUCUUCGGCUCUGGAUCGGACGAGACCACCACUCUGAUCGGCCUGCUAAAGACGGCCCGCCUCCUGCGGCUGGUGCGAGUGGCGCGUAAGCUGGACCGGUACUCAGAGUACGGAGCUGCCGUGCUCAUGCUGCUCAUGUGCAUCUUUGCCCUCAUCGCCCAUUGGCUGGCCUGCAUCUGGUACGCCAUUGGAAACGUGGAGAAGCCUUACCUGGAGCACAAGAUUGGCUGGCUGGACAACCUGGGGGUGUCCAUAGGGAAGAAAUACAACUACAGUGACCCCAGCUCAGGCCCCUCCAUCAAAGAUAAGUACGUCACCGCUCUCUACUUCACCUUCAGCAGUCUGACAAGCGUGGGCUUUGGGAACGUCUCCCCCAACACCAACUCUGAGAAGAUCUUCUCCAUCUGCGUCAUGCUCAUCGGAUCUCUAAUGUACGCCAGCAUCUUUGGGAACGUGUCCGCCAUCAUCCAGAGGUUGUACUCAGGUACGGCCAGGUAUCACCUGCAGAUGCUACGCGUCAAAGAAUUCAUCCGCUUCCACCAGAUCCCAAACCCCCUGAGGCAGAGGCUGGAGGAGUACUUCCAACACGCCUGGACAUACACCAACGGCAUCGACAUGAACAUGGUCCUGAAGGGUUUCCCAGAGUGCCUGCAGGCCGAUAUCUGCCUCCACCUCAACAAGAACCUCCUGGAGGGCUGUAAGGCGUUCCACGGAGCCACAAAGGGCUGCCUCCGGGCCCUGGCCAUGAGGUUCAAGACCACCCAUGCCCCCCCUGGAGACACCCUUGUCCACAGUGGAGAUGUGCUUACUGCGCUUUACUUUGUGUCCCGCGGCUCCAUCGAAAUCCUCAAAGAUGACGUUGUGGUGGCCAUCCUAGGUAAGAACGACAUUUUUGGCGAGAUGAUCCAUCUGUUCUCCAAGUCGGGGAAAUCCUGUGCAGACGUGCGGGCGCUGAGCUACUGCGACCUCCACACCAUCCAGAGGGAGGAGAUCCUGGAGGUGCUCGACAUGUAUCCAGAGUUCGCAGACCAAUUCCUCAAAAACCUGGAGCUGACCUUUGACCUCCGUGAUGAAAAGGCGACAGGCCUCCAAGCAGCUAACUCUAAUAUGGAGGACAACGAGUGUCGGAGACGAGUGUCCUACAAGAGGAAAAGCUCCACAGGCUCCCACAACAAGGAGCCAGCAGCCACCUACUGCGACACCAAGCAAGGGAGGAAGAUCUACGCCCCCCCAGCAGCCGGGGAGAGGAGAGAGUCCGCCGGGGAGGACGAGGAAGGCAGGGAGGAAGAGGAGGAGCAGAGGCCCUUGUGUUCUGGUGUACUGGGCUACCCGGUGGUUAGGGACCACAGCGCGGCCCUCGGAGGGCUGAGUGCAGAAGCACAGGCUGCAGACAACACGCAGACCCAGGCGUAUAAAGAGCUCCACACAGAGGAGUGGGUGCGUCCCGUCGAGGAGUCCGCCCCGUGUCGGGAGGUGGCAGCGGGGGAGGAGGACAGCGACACAGACCUCACCUACGGAGAGGUGGAGCAACGGCUGGACCUGCUGCAGCAGCACCUCAACAGACUGGAGUCCCAGAUGACCUCAGACAUCCAGGCCAUCCUGCACCUCCUCCAGAGGCAGACCACGUCCGGGCCCCCCGCCUACAGCACCGUCACCUCCAGCCCCGAGUACCAGAGGCCGGCCAUCAGGGUGCAGCCGGUGUCGGCCCUGCAGGCGGAGUUCAGCCUGGACCCUGCUCCGCCCCGGCCUCAGAGCCCGGAGAAGACCCCGAACAGAUCCACAGACGGCUCCCCGGUGCUCCUGCGACCCAACGCUCUUCCAGACGGGGGCGUGGCCUCCCUGCUGGAGACAGACUGGGCCUCGGAGCAGAGACACACACAGGACAGCUCCGUGGAGCCCCCCCCCCCACCAGAGGCUGCCGUCAGGCCGACAAGCCUCCCUGCCCGAAGCGGGCUCAGCACCGUCAGCACUGCAGCGGCCUGCGUCUGACCCGGGGCUCCCAGGAAACUAGCCCCCCCCCCCCCACCUCUCCUCUCAAGCUUGUCUCAGGGUCUAAGAAAGAGACUGUAUAUGCAAAGGCAACUGUAGACUUUCUUCCAUUACUUUUACGGACUCUCUCGCCCCUCUCUGAUUUAAAUGUAUAAAGACUAUUUAUACAGAGGUAUUUAUAUUAUUACCACGUGUAAAGUCAUCAUCCGACGUGUACAUACUUUAUAGAACACUGCCAGCAACACGAGGCACCUGAUGUGCUUUUUCUAAAACUGAUAUGCAUGUUUUACGUUCUGACGGUUGCUUUUCUUCCUGUGGCAUGUUCCUCACUCUACUCUCUCCAGGACCUCUGUAGCUGUCACCUCUCUUUUCUAACGCCCCCCCCCCCCCACAGGGAAUCAGCUACAUGAAAAUCUUCCCGAGGCAUUUCCACAAGCUCUGAUCUUUCUAUCAGCAAAUUCCAAAACGUCCACGCAGAGAUCUGCCGCUAUAUUUAGCAUGCCUGAUUCCACCACAACGGAUAACAAGCACUGAGAAUACACAGCGCAGUGUGUGAGGCUGCGCUGACAUCCCACAACCACACGUCAGUCUUUGAGAGCAAUAACGAUCUCAUAUCUCUAGAGACGAAUCCGCUCUGGAGAUCAUUUUGCACGUGAACAAAGUAAAGGGCCUCUUUCAGCUGCAGUUAUGUUCCUUCACAUGUUUCAGACAACAUAAUGAAUGCUUGAAUUAUUAGAUUGAAAAACACAUAUUUACCCUAACCACCUGAAUCCUAUCAAUAUAACAGAAGCAUGGCUGUGGGGGGUUUGCAGUUCACUCUAGACUUGUAAGGGUCAGCGGGUGUUUCUUCACAUUACUAUUAGGGCCAUUGUAUCUGGAAAUGAAAGAUAUGAAUCUGGAGAACAGAACCUUCACUUUGCAAAGCUGUGUGUUCCUUUGUUUGUUUUCAGUGAAGUAGGGACUUAAAUCUGUUAGAACAUAUUUAAACUUUCUUGCAAAUUAUUAAGAGAAAAUAUUUGAUAUUUGUAAGUGUUCUCUUGUUAAUUAACCACUUAAAACUCAGAGAAUAUCCAUGCGUUUUCUCUAUAAUGUUCUUUAUUUUUGACCCAAAGACAUUUCUCCUUCAUAUGCUAACCGACAGGAAGUGACAUCUUGAAUCUCCUUCACACCCUGAGUGAACUCUGACGAUCCCACGUGAUAGUUUUCAGUUGCAUGCUUAAGGUCUUCCAUUGUCUUCUUAAAAAGUACAAUUUCCUAGAUAAAAAACCACGAGAAAAAAAGAGAAAAUAGUUGUCCAUGUUUUCGGGCCGCCUUCCUUAGCCUUAGCUUUAAACGCCUGCUCUAGCCUUGACACACGACGGCGACCCGGUGCAACAGCGCCACAUUUAAAGGAACCACGUUAGGGUGCAUGAGGAAAAUGAAUUAGUCAUUUCCUAACCACACACUCCCACACAAGCUCAUGUAUUGCAUGGAGACGGCACUCAAUUAUAACAAGGUCUCAAACUGUUUAUGACAUUUGGAAGGAGAUUUAGAAAUAACGCUUCAACCUAUUUUUCUAAAACAAAGUUUCAUUUGCCAUUAUUUUUCUAUGACCUUAUUGUUUCCCCCGAGAUGUUGAGGGGAAGGCUUUGGAGUGCAGAAGGGAAGAAGAUGAAUGCAAUGUAGCAAGCAACACUUCAGUGACGGGCUUUAGGCUGCAUGAAACAUUCAUAUUGCACAUCAUAUCAUUUCUACUUCUUCAACGCAACUCUUUACUUUGUUGAAAAACCCGGGGAAACCUUAUUUAAGAAAAGAGAAACCACACGGAUGCUCCAGCAGGGUGUCCUCCAUCUUUCUUUCUCGAGCACAGAUGUAGAACAAAAGUUGCUGACGCCUAUCGACUCCACGCGUCCUGAACACUUUUCCAUGGGAUUUGCUAACUUUUGCACAGAUUAGAAAACUUGCUGUACUGGAUAACAAUGUCCCUUUUGAAAUACUUAGUGCUGUUCACAAUUGUUUUUAUGCAUUUUUUUAAAUGUUUGCCACUGUAUUUUAUACAAUGCAACACUUAACAGCUCAUUUGAAUGUUUCUGUUCUUAACUAUAUUUAAAUAAAUGAAAUAUAUCAUGUAAAUAGACUGGGAAAAAAAAUGCGCAAUUGUAUAAAUGAAUAAACAGAAUGCAUACCGA